UUGGAUUUUAAAUCGGAUUUACACGGUGGAUAAUGAAGGGUAGAUUCAUAAUCUAUAUAUAUUCAGCUGAUGAAACGUUUCAUAGCUAGGAAUCAUAAAUUCACCAUACUUCUUCUGGGGAAGUAUAAAAUAGUUGCUUAUUGUCUCUGCCCUAUUCCUGUAUUCACUCCUAUGGAUUCAAUACAUGGACGUGAAUUAAUGGCCUGAUUUCCUUGGUUUCAUUUGGCCAAUUCUCUUGGUACAAGUGGUUCAUUAUUCUCUCAGCUACCAGCAGGCCAAUCAUAUUCGUUGAUGGCAGUACACAGAAACAAAAUCCACCCUCCCUCCUAAGUCUGGUUUGAGGUGUUGGUAUUUUGCGUAUGCAUUUUCUUUAUUAGGAGCUGCUUUAUUCUGCAUUUGGGUGGUCGUGAUCUUGUUAAAGCAGAAGUCGAUUAAUUUUUUCCUCCAACACUGAGAUUUGUAGGAGAACACAAUAUUUAAAAAACCCACCAACCAAUACCCUAAAUGGAAACACCUCUCAAGAAACCUAAGUUGGAACCCAAUGAUGAGAAUAAAAACAGUAAUCAUCACAACAGUCAUAUCAAUAACAAACAUCGAAGGCAGUCUUCUCCCGAAACUGCAGAAGGGCUAGAGGCAAUAGUGGCUCUGGUUGAGCACAGGCGCAAGGAGGUCACCCAAUUGACCAAUAAAUUGGAAAAUGUCAAGGCUCAGCUAGAGGAAGCCAAGCGAAAAUUAUCUGAUGCAGAAUCUCGAUUAACUAAGGUACAACAACCGCAACAAAAAAAUCAAGAGGCAUCCAAGACCAUUAGUUCAGAUGACACAGCUGUCAAAGUUAAAACAGAAGGUGUUUCGCCAAGCAAAGUUAAAACAGAAGGUAUGUCAGCAAGCCCUGCUCGAGAAGAGAGUAACUACAACUCUUUAUCGCGGACAAAGCCGACAAUGUUAAUUCCUUCUGCGGCAGCAAAAACGGGUUCAUCAAUGAGGUCAACAGAAGGCAACAAGACAAUACCAACAUCUAGUGGAAAAAAUGUCACUCCUAGUCGCAGUCAAUCUCAGUCUGAAAAUCCUAAGUCAAAGGGAGAUGUAUCUGCUGUCAAAUCUGCUAGUCAGUUGGAAAGCAGAGAUUCUCAAGAGAGGAGACCAAAGAGGAAAUUAGAGCAGAAGGCGCACACGGAAUUGAUUCCAAUCAUUCGUAGUAGCAGAAGUCCAGAAAAAGUUAGUUUCUAUUCAGGAAGCCUGAUCUCUAGUCAGCACAAGCGAAAACUUAGAAGCCUUGUUCUGAAUCCAACCAAUGAUCAACUCUUUGCAACUAGUGCAUUGGAUGGGCUUGUAAAUCUCUGGCAACUUCAAGGCAAAGGAUUGCAUGCAUCCUUGCUUAGUACAACUGAUUGCCAAUCUCCUGUACAAAGAAGAUGGCCAGAAGACAUGACCUGGCAUCCAUAUGGAGAUAGCUUGUUCUUGGCAUACACUGCAGAUGGUGGAGACAACCAAGUAUCGAUUAUAAAUCUGAAUGUUUCUAAGAAAAAGGUAACCUUCUUGGAAGAGAAGCCCCACAUAAAAGGUAUUGUGAAUAGUAUAUCAUUUAUGCCCUGGGAAGAUUUGUGCUUUGCUACUGGGGGCAGUGAUCAUGCUGUGAUUAUGUGGACUGAGAAGGAGGGUGGAGGUGGUUGGAAACCAAAAACAUUGCACAGAAACCAACACUCUUCAGCUGUUAUGGGAGUAGCAGGGCUGCAGCAAAAACAAAUUGUAUUGUCAGCAGGUGCAGACAAAAGGAUUGUUGGAUUUGAUGUGCGGGUUGCAAGAGCAGAUUUCAAGCACCAGUUGGAAAGUAAAGCUAUGGGAGUUCUGCCAAAUCCUGCUGAUUUCAACCUUUUUAUGGUGCAGACAGGGACACCUGAAAGGCAGCUCCGUCUAUUUGACAUACGAGUGCGACAGUCAGAAAUCCAUGCAUUUGGUUGGAAACAAGAGAGUAGUGAUUCUCAAUCUGCACUUAUCAAUCAAACAUGGUCACCUGAUGGUUUGUACAUAGCAUCGGGAUCUGUUGAUCCAAGAUUUCACAUUUUUGAUAUCCGUUAUAAUAGUAGUGGACCAUCUCAAUCUGUAUCAGCACAUAGUAAGAGGGUUUUUAAAGCAGCAUGGCAUCACUCAUUGCCUCUGGUUGUUUCGAUCUCGUCUGACCUUCAUAUUGGGUUGCACAAGUUGCACCAAAGUUCAAGCUGAGUCAAUGUUAGAUUGAUAGACUGAAAUUUGAGUUACUCUUACAUAAUAGAAAAGGUCAAAUCCUUUUUUGGUUUUGUUAGACACAGGUCAUACAAAAUGUCAAUCCAUUGAGGUUCUAUAUAAAAUCCAGAGGCCUUUUGUUUGAAUAAUUUGUAUAUGCAGAUUCUGUUCAUCUUUUAUUGGAAGCCCUUAAUAUAUGAUGAUAUCCACUGGCAAUUGCCAUCCAAACAA